AUGGACUUCAAGGCUAAGCAGUUUUCCUAUUUGAACAUCACAGUAAUCACGUCCGUGUUUGUCCCUGAUGGCAUCGACUGUGGGUUGGCUUGUUUAACAUCGACUUCAUGUUUUUCCUAUAACCUGGCUGCAUUUCCUGAUGUUAAUGGGAAACUGCUGUGUGAACUGCUUUCAUCUGACAAGUAUAAUAACUCGGAUAAACUCAUUGCAAGCCCGAUUUUUCACCACUUCAGCAUUUGGGUUAGUAUAAAUCGGAUGGCUUUUUGACGUAAAGCUGUAUUUAACUAGUCUUCAUAGGUGUUAGUGAAUUAGCUUGGAAAAAUUUUAUCAGCUUUCUCCUUUUUAAUAAUUAUCAUAUGGGAAUAUGCUUUCUAGGAACUUAUUUUUCUGUAUCCUUAUUAUUUUACACUAUCCUAACGAGUACUGUGCUUAUCAUACCAAUUACGUACGCGUCUUUUAUUCCCAGACCUUCCACGGAAGGUUCUGGGUACACAAUUAACGAACGUGUUAUCAGAAGUCGAACUCCCACAAUGCCGUGCGAAUGGAGAGCCUUAUCCAUGCGCAAGGGCUUAAAGGGUGGGGAAGGAGAGGGUGCUCUGCAAAAGUUUGCAACAUGCAUGCAGUAUGAUGGAAUUACUUCAAAUUUAGCUGAGAUAAAGAUAUAAUUUUGAAAUGAUUUUUCUCAACUCGACAGAGUCCUUGCUUCCGCAAUCCUUGUAAAAACAAUGCUACGUGUGUGGCCAAUUACGUAGAUGAUGAUUAUCAGUGCGCAUGCUCACCAGGUUAUAUGGGAGAACACUGCGAAGGUAUCCUAAAAAUUGGUGUACUAAUACGAUGUUUGUUUUCCUAGUACAGAAUUAGAGAAAACUUAAUUGUACGAUUUUGCAAGGAAUAAAGAAGGCCCGAAGCGCUUUAACUAGUUAAUCUCGCCCCUAGAUCCUACCGUGUAACUGAAAUGUUUCAACCGCUUGGCCGUGGAAGGUCUGGGCUCGAGACCAGGUUUAACUGGUCGAUAGGGCAACUGAAAUUGACGCUUGCGUAUUUAAGAUUAUUCCUUUGAAAUUGGACCUGCAGUAAUAUUUCUGUUUAACUUGACCUAUGCUAUUGGUUGUUUAUCUUAUAAGAACAUAACUUUUGAAAUAAAAAGCAAAAAUGGGUGUCCCUGUACUCGUUCAGCUGAACCAAAUAGAAAGCCACUGAUAUAAUUCCAAUAACAUCAUGACAAUUAUGCUCGCAAGCAAUUGCUGAAUUUGCGUUUCCAAGAAUUAUUCUUACACCGAGAAUUGGUUUAUAUUUAUUUUACGGAAAGAAAGUCAUUGCUCAAAAAAAUAAAAAUUGAUAUCUCACCAUGCUUGUUUGCGAGAAAAUGACGAUUUACUCUGGUGAGCUCCGGCUGUUUGGAAUUAUGCACGGUAAAGAUGUAAAAUGCAAUACUACGCCUUUUGGGAACUCAUUUUUCAGUUGUGUUAUUUCAUUCUUGGAUAAUCAGGUUUUGGAAAGGACUGCGAGGAAAUCAAAAGACUAGAUGAAUCUACGGUAGAUGGUAUGUACCUGCUAGACCCGGAUGGAGGAAGCCAUUCCGAUGCAUUCCAAGCCUACUGUGACAUGACGUCCUACGAUGGAGGAUGGACCAUGUGUUACACUACCGAUGAAUAUGUCAAACUUAAGACUCAAGUCACCUACAACGCUCAGUUUCCUUAUGGAAGUGACGGUUACAGGACAGACUGUAAUAACAUCCCAGUAAGUUGAUUGCCAGCUGAUUAUGGCUUUGAGGACCCAGCUUUUAUUUCCAGAUUUUUGAGCGUCAUUUAAAACCUAGCAUGGAGUCAACUUAUUACAGACUACAAUAGCUACGGCUUGCGUUUUCUUUUUACGAACUUUAUGGAGAAGCUUUAUUCGCAUCCUUUGAAGGUUCCCGCAGCCUGAUCGUUUGAAUCUACGGUGAAGAUUUUGCUCAUCGUCUUAGAAAUAACUCAAAGGUCAAUGUGUUGAAUAUAGAGCAGUAGUCCCUCAAGGCUCUGUAAUAUUCACAUGACCCCUCCCCCCCUCGUUGACAAUUAAUUGACAGGCAAUUGCCUAUGGUCCACCCUUUUUACUCUCUUGGCGACGACUGAUCGAUUGCAAAUGGUUUCGAUUUCGAAUCGAUUUGUUGUUGUUUUUCUUUUUUUGGCAUCAGCAAUCUUCUCCAUAAGGUUCUAAACUAAAUAUCACCUUAGUAAACCAGAACGAAUGGAGGUGGUCAGGAGGAAAGGACAAAGCAGAUAUUACUAGAAAAGACUACCGAUUAAAGAAACUGUCCCUUUGCCCCAUUAAAAUGGAAAUUUCAUUCCUCUUUUUCAGUUCAAGGAAGUACUAUUCGUUGAUCAUCAAACUGGUAACAAAGCGUACUUCAAACGACAAACCAAACAACCAAUAAUGGCGGCCAAUAUCUUCGGGAACGCUGCUGCAACGGGCCUCUGGGACGGAGUGGGCACGAACACAAAUUUUAACUACCAGCUGCUGGUCUGUGAUCAUUCGUUCUACAGCGGCUUUUUCGUUUCCGGUCACACAGGAAAUUGUUACAAGCGGUGCAACUCUUGGUGUGGAGAUACCUCCUCGCCUUACUUCCGCACUGCGUCUACAAGUUCGUCCUACAACGGUGUGGCCUUUAACACAAAUGGUCAUUCUCCUAAUCGAGUGAGCAACAGACUCAUUAGUGUCGGUUUGCGCUGAAUGAAGGUCUGACCUUGACACACCCUUUUGGAAGUUUUAAUUUCUCAGAAAGUAAAACGGUGAAAGCCAAGAGACUGGUCAUUUAUUUAUCACCAGGG